GCUGCAGCUAAUACGUCAGCAGGACCAAAUAAUAAUUUGAUAUUUAUCAUCAAGCUUUUAGAACUUCUUCCCAACAUUGAACUUCCCAAUUGACAUACAGGAGAUGCGAUCAAGCUGAUCGAUCUAUAGUCUCAAAAUGUUACUAUCACGAGUUCGCAUAUACCCUACCUAUAGGACACUACUGUCACAUAGGAGUGUCUCUACAUUAAGCACCAAUUCCUAUAUAAAAGUUUUUCCCAAUGCCUCAGUAGACAAUGGGCAUCUGCUCACAUAUCUCGAUACAAAUCCGCCGAAACACCGGCUAGCCAUUGGCUCUACAACCGCAUUGCCCCCAACACCCAAUUCCUUCUCCGAGAACCGCGAGUUUUUAUCUAUCUUAAUCGACGUUCUCCGCAAACAUGCCGCGCAGGAUCCUGACCUCCUAUCCCAAGCACUAGCUUUCGCCGGUCCAGGCGGCGCAACUCUUGGUUCGGGCGGCGCAUUCUUUCCCCAGCAAAGAAAGCAGCGUAACACAAGAGGAACAGCCGCUGGAUUAGGUGGAGGAGGUGGUGCUGGCGGGGGCGGCGCUGGAGGAGCGAGUGCCCAAGGGGGUGCCGGAGGUGCUGGAGUCGGAGGGCAUAUCCAUCUUAGCGACCUAAGAAAUCCACCUGACUACGGCCGAAUUGCGUGGCCGGAAGAUAUUCUUGGCAGCAUCGAAGUCGAUGGGUCUGGAAACAUAAUAGGGGAAUUCGAGCCAAGUGGGACAUACCGUAUUGUUACCAAUGAAGGAAUUUUGGGCUUGAGCGAUUUUCUUAGAACAAAACUUGUUGAGAGGCUGAAAGAGGAGGAGAAAAAGUUGUGACACUGUAUUAGUGAUAUUGAUGUUGAGAACAUUUGAGAAGACUUUUGAGACACCAUGAAGCAUGGCGUACUCGACUAGGUUACAUAUGUUAGGUACCUAACGUAGGUAUGUAUGUAUUAUAUAAAAUCCACCAGAUACAUCCAAUGCACUACAAAAAUAUAAAUUAGUGCAUAGAUUUCUCUGGUAUAUUUGCCUGAUGC